CCAACCUUCUCCCUUAGCACUGAUUGAUUCUUCAGUAACUAGCUAGUAGAGGCAUAUUGAUCUCCUAUGCAUCACGUAUGCCAGUUCCACAACAAAGACCGGUCAAAAAGGCCCCCCCCCAUCACCCGUACCUCGCGAGACCCUACCGAAACGUUGGCACAAGGCUGAGACAUCCAGCCUUGCGCAUCAACCAAACAGAAGGCGCCGGGCAAGCCUCAAUAUACCCACGGCCGUAUCCGUCGAUGCCGAGUUGGCCAAGCUCGUGUUCUCAUCUCUCUCACCAACCACCCGGCUCGACUCGCUGUGCAACAAGGACAAUCCCGUAACUUUUCGUGAAACUGCCUUCAGCCGGGGCAAAAUCGGGUGAGAUGGUUGGCUAAUCCACGCGACGGCUGCUUUCACAAGAGAGCACACCAGCUGCGGUACCGCCCUGGCGUUGAUCUGGAACUCUGGAGCUGAAAGAU